AUGUCUCUGCCUCUUUUUUCUUUUCUUUCCUUUUUCUCUCCUUUUUCUUUCCUUUUUCUCUCUCUUUCCUUUUUCUCUCUCUUUCCUUUUUCUCUCUCUUUCCUUUUUCUCUCUCUUUCCUUUUUCUCUCUCUUUCUCUUUUCUUUCUCUUUUCUCUCUUCUUUUUCUUUCUCUCUUCUUUUCUCUUUUCUCUCUUCUUUUCUCUUUUCUCUCUCUUUCUUUAACUAUAUAUUUUUUCUACUACUUUUUCCUUUUUUUUCUUUACUAUCAUCCUCUUUCUUUUUUCCUUUUUUUUUCUAUAUUUUUUUCUUUUUCCUUUUUAUAUUUCUUUCCUUUUUCCUUUGCACUAUAUUUCUUUCCUUUUUCCUUUGCACUAUAUUUCUUUCCUUUUUCCUUUGCACUAUAUUUCUUUCUUUUUUUCCUUUGCACUAUAUUUCUUUCCUUUUUCCUUUGCACUAUAUUUCUUUCCUUUUUCCUUUGCACUAUAUUUCUUUUUUUUUUCCUUUGCACUAUAUUUCUUUCCUUUUUCCUUUGCACUAUAUUUCUUUUCUUUUUCCUUUGCACUAUAUUUCUUUUCUUUUUCCUUUGCACUAUAUUUCUUUUCUUUUUCCUUUGCACUAUAUUUCUUUUCUUUUUCCUUUGCACUAUAUUUCUUUCCUUUUUCCUUUGCUCUAUAUUUCUUUCCUUUUUCCUUUGCACUAUAUUUCUUUCCUUUUUCCUUUUAUAUUUAUAUUUCUUUCCUUUUCCUUUUCUUUUUUCCUUUUAUUUUUCUUUCCUUUUUCCUUUGCACUAUAUUUUUCUUUUCCUUUCUAUAUUUCUUUCUUUUUUUCCUUUGCACUAUAUUUCUUUCCUUUUUCCUUUGCACUAUAUUUCUUUCCUUUUGCACUAUAUUUCUUUUCUUUUUUUCUAUAUUUCUUUUUUUUCCUUUGCACUAUUUCUUUUCUUUUUCUUUUCUAUUUUCUUUUUUUUUUUUUUCCUUUAUUAUAUUUCUUUUCUUUUUUCCUUUGCACUAUAUUUCUUUUUUUUUUUUUUUUCUAUUUUCCUUUGCACUAUAUUUCUUUUUUUUUUUCCUUUGCACUAUAUUUCUUUUUUUUUUUUCCUUUGCACUAUAUUUCUUUUUUUUUUUUGCACUAUAUUUCUUUUUUUUUCCUUUUUAUUUCUUUUCUUUUUUUUUCUAUAUUUCUUUUUUCCUUUGCACUAUAUUUCUUUUUUUUUUUUUGCACUAUAUUUCUUUUUUUUUUCCUUUCAGACUUUGCACUAAUUUUUUUUUUUUUUCCUUCAGACUACUAUAUUUCUUUCCUUUUUUUUAUUUUCAUUCGGACAAUCUUACCUUUUUUUUUUUUCAUUUCGGACUAUACUAUUACAUUUUUUGUUUGCCCUAUAAUUUUUUUUUCAUUCACCCUAUAUUUCUCCCCCCGCUAUAAUUCUUCCCCCUUUUUUCUUUCACAAUCUAUUUCUUCCCCUCCUUUUUUCUUUCGCCCUCUAUUUCUUCCCCUCCUUUUUUCUUUCGCCCUCUAUUUCUUCCCCUCCUUUUUUCUUUCGCCCUCUAUUUCUUCCCCUCCUUUUUUCUUUCGCCCUCUAUUUCUUCCCUUCCCCUUUUUUCUUUCGCCCUCUAUUUCUUCCCCUCUUUUUUUCUUUUCGCCCUCUAUUUCUUCCCCUCCUUUUCUUCCCUUUUUUUUUUCGCCCUCUAUUUCUUAUUUUUUUUUCCCUCCUUUUCCUUCGCCUCUAUUUCUCGCCCCAUUUUCCUUCGCCCUCUAUUUCUCGCCCCAUUUUCCUUCGCCCUCUAUUUCUCGCCCCAUUUAA